AUGUCUAGCGGUGUAAAAGCCGUUAGACCAAUCUUGUCGAGAAAUCAUGCAGAAGCUCGAAGACGUGCCAUCAGUUUAUAUCGUGCUUGGUAUAGACAGUUACCAUUUAUACCAAAGGAAUAUGCUCAGUCGAAUGCAAAUAUUACAGUACCGAUUCUGCAUGACAGAUUAAGGAAGGAGUUUUAUAAAAAUAAGGAUAUCAAAGAUCUACGUGUAAUUGAUUUAUUAAUCCAUAAAUGGCAAAAUGAACUGAUUGAAGUGGCACAUAUUUGGAAGUCGGAUACACAUGUGAUGGAUUAUUUCAGAGAAGAUAACCUCCCAGAAAAACCUAAAGAUUUCUUGGACAGAUUUUUAAGUGGGAAGUCAUAGUCAUUAUAAAUGCUUGUUAACUGUAGAGUUGUUAAUUUGUAGUUUAAAACACUGAUUUUUGUUUUAUACUGUUAAUUUGUUUCGAAAAGAACGUAGAUAAUGCA